AUGCCAAAGGGACACACAAUGACCGCUGGGCCAUGGUCCCUGAUUUCAUCUCAAUAUGGAGACAGGGACCCUGUAAGCGUCCUCAUGGAGUACGGACAGACCAAGGAGGUUACAGUGGAAUUCACGCCAUACACCAAGUCGGGGCCAGAUCAUAAUGCAUGUUUCCACACCGCGUGUAUAGUAGACAAUGUCCAGCAUAUUACGGGCAGCGGUUCCUCAAAGAAACUUGCCAAGAAAGAGGCCGCUGAGAAAGCGCUCAAGACAAUUUACGACAGAGGAAAGAAGAAGUUAAAAGAAGCUAAUUUUGCUAUGAAUGAAGACAUCGACGAGCAGAACGACCUAAUCCACGCCCACAAGAUCUGCAUCCUGGUGCGGGGGGUGUUGGAGCAGGCGGAGGAGACUCAGCUCAUAUACUACAGCAAGGAGAAAAUCUCGGCCGCCAUCGCGCUCGAAAUGCACCACGGGAAAAUCGUCGUCGUUGGGCUCGGAACGGGUAACCGGUGUAUUCUGAGUCCCCACCUUCCCGAUGACGGCAGUAGAAUCAUCCACUCACACGCUGAGAUGAUAGCGAGGCGGGCGUUCGUCAGAUAUUUAUACAAGCAGUUGGAGCGGUAUGUGUCUACGCGCGGACACCACCUGUUUGAACCCAGCGAGACUGGGAAACUCAAACUUCGUGACGACGUCAGACUCCACCUCUACAUCAGCAGACCUCCGUGUGGGGACGCGUCGGCCUUUCCUACCAUUGGAAAUGGGCCAACAAGAAUGAAGGCGUUGCGCAAACAAGGACAGCUGAGGACUUUAAUAGAAGAUGGUGAAGGGGCUAUUCCGACUGAUUCCGACGUACCGCCCUGGGAGAACGGAAACGAACGAAUGCGGGUCAUGACCUGUUCGGACAAAAUAUGUCGCUGGAAUGCACUCGGUCUACAGGGGGCGCUACUGAGCCACUUUCUGGACCCGAUUUACCUUUCCUCCGUCAUUAUAGGAAGUUUCGCUGGUGACCAGAGGGAACACAUCCCCCGCGCUGUGUUCGGCAGACUGAAAAGCGGACACUUUGAGAAGACGCUGCCGUAUCCGUACCGAGUGAACGCCCCUGACAUUUUCUACCCGGAGGAGGACCUGCACGACUCCUACAGCAUCCUCAAGUCGCGCCAGUACCUCGUUAACUGGACGUUCGGGGACGCCGGGGUCGAGGUGCUCGACGGCGUCACCGGCGCCAUGGUCGGAGGGCCAGUAAGCAGCUCCUGUUCGCGAUUAUCUAAAAAGUCGUUCUUCGAUCAGUUCCAUAGUCUGUGUGAGAGGUUCGAAAGACGUGAUCUCGCUGGCCUGACCUACAGCAAGGCGAAGCGCAUGGCACGAGACUACAGCAGGACGAAGGAACAACUCUACGAGCACUUCGAGUCGUGUGGCUAUGGCCCAUGGUAUUCCGUACGAGACAAUUACGACGUGGACGAAUUUCAAUAACUGCAGACACGUCAACACGUUCAUAAGCAG